AUGAUUCAGCCUCUGGAACUCAAGGUGCUGUGUCGAACAUCGAUAAAGCAAGGACUUGAUAAUGUAAUUACCAGUAAGUCCCCCCCAUCAUCCUCUAUGUUAUUGGGCAUCCCCCGAUCCUCAUUCACAUCUCCUUCGCUUCGCUUCUUGACAUACUUCCUGGGCUGUGUCUUCCAUGACCGUUUACGGUUGACACUUGCCACACUAGCAAGUUCUGCGAACUUAGGACACCAGCUCAGAUGUGCACUAAGUGACCACGGUAUGUGGCAAGAGGUGCCACAACCUGCGCAUGCUGCCAUUCACACAAAGGCAAGGAUUGUAAGUAGAAAACAAAAGGCUGAAUUCAGACUGGUCAGUCACCGGCAAUCUGUUGAACUCGAACAUCCAGCCCACCAUGAGUGUGAUUUGUCCUCUCUUGUCCUCCUCUCCCAAAUCAACAAUACUGCCCUGCCCUUGUUGAUGGUCAGCUCACAUGCAUCAGGAGCGUAUCAUAACGAUGCCUCGCUGUCUGAUGACCCACCCACAACAGAAAACAAAAGUCCUGUUUUGAACGACAGUCUGAAAGCUUUUCUUGAACCCGCCCGCAAUUUGCGAUGGGUGGUGGAUUUGUACUGCAACAUUCAAAUGGUUUUCCUCAAUGGGAACACUAUCAUAGAACACCUGUCUGACGAAGACCUUGAGUACGACUAUGAGGCUGACGCCAUUGCUGACCUUGCAAAAUCAAGGAAUGGAGAUGUCCAUGCAUAUCACAAUGAUUGGAGGAUCUUUAACACGAUCCUAGAUAUCAUCCCAGGUCUUCGUGAAUGUUAUGACAACAUGCCGGACUUAGAUGUAUUGCUCAAACUUGCUAAAGAGAUGAAUGAGCGUGCCAACAACGGCCAAGCAACUGAUGCUCAUUCACUCAAAGAAGCCAUCAAGAUAUAUAUACCGGAUUGGUCCCCCAGUGUGACUGACCUUUACGAUACGAAGGCCCAGCGAGGCUUCAAUCAUAUACAGUACACAAAACAGCUCAUACUGGCAUGA